AAGUUUCUGUCAGUUGGAGCUAAGACUCCAUUUUGAGUCGACAGAGCAGAAGGACAAACUUCUGAGACAGGGUUGUUUUACCUGCAUGGAUGUCAUUUAUUGUCCUAGAGAAAAUUUUGAGAUCAGAAGAUGAGUGAUGGAGGGGGCAAAGAGGAGGACGGAGCAGAGUCUCCUCUGUCCAGCUGUCUCUCUAUGAAGAGUGACUGGUCUAAAGAUCAUCAUCCAGACUUCAGUAAUGAACCAGGACCCUCAGAUAAGAAGAUGAGUGAUGGAGGGGGCAAAGAGGAGGACAGAGCAGAGUCUCCUCUGUCCAGCUGUCUCUCUAUGAAGAGUGACUGGUCUAAAGAUCAUCAUCCAGACUUCAGUAAUGAACCAGGACCCUCAGAUCCACAAAUAACAAAGGGGUCUGUUUCUGUGGAGGAGCAGCUGUCCAGCUGUGCUUUGUGUCAGGACGUCCUGAGUGAUCCAGUUUCUACCAGAUGUGGACACUGGUUCUGUAGACAGUGUCUCACCUCAUACUGGGACCAGUCUACUUCAUCAGGAGAGUCCUCCUGUCCCCAGUGUGGAAAACGACCUAAAAUAAGUCGAGGACUGCAGAUAUCCAGAUAUGUUUCUUCUCUUUCAGUAGAUAGAGGUCUGCAGGAGGUUCUAGAUGAACAUAAGGUCAGUCUGAGGAAGAGAUGUAAACAUGUGACUGAAGGAAGUGAUGAAACAGGAAGUAGAACCCUCCUCAACAGGAUCUACACUGAGCUCUACAUCACAGAGGGACAGAGUGAAGAGGUGAACACCCAACAUGAGGUGAGACAGCUUGAGACAGACUCUAAAAAGAAGACCCUCCAUGAGACUCCAAUCAAGUGUCAGGACAUCUUUAAAGCCUUACCCGACCAACAGAAGCAAAAGACAGAAGCUCAACCCGACCAACAGAAACCCAUCAGAGUGGUUCUGACAAACGGGGUCGCUGGUGUUGGAAAAACCUUCUCAGUGCAGAAGUUCACUCUGGACUGGGCACAGGGCUCAGAGAACCAAGACCUCAGUCUGGUGAUCCUGCUUUCAUUCAGGGAGCUGAACUUGAUCAGAGAUGAGGUGUACAGUCUUCUUGAGCUGCUCCGUGUUUUCCAUCCAACAUUACAGAAGGUCACAGCAGAGACGCUCGCUGUCUGUAAACUGUUGUUCAUCUUUGACGGCCUGGAUGAAAGCAGACCGUCAUUGGACUUCAAAAAUAUGGAGGUUGUGUCUGAUGUUACAAAGAAAUCACAGUUAAACAUACUGUUGACAAACCUCAUCAAGGGGAAUCUGCUUCCCUCAGCUCUCAUCUGGAUAACUUCUCGACCUGCAGCAGCCAAUCAGAUCCCUCCUUCAUGUGUUGACAGGCUAACAGAAAUACGAGGCUUCACUGACGCCCAGAAGGAGGAGUACUUCAGGAGGAGGUUCAGUGAUGAUGAAUAUCUGUCCCGUAGAAUCAUCUCACACAUCAAGACAUCCAGGAGCCUCCACAUCAUGUGUCUAAUCCCGGUCUUCUGCUGGAUCACUGCCACAGUUCUGGAGCACAUGAUGAACACAGAACAGAGAGGAGAGCUGCCCAAGACCCUGACUGACCUGUACUCACACUUCCUGCUGGUUCAGACAAAGAGGAAGAAGAACAAGUAUGGUGGGGAACAUCAAUUGAGUCCUCAGGAACUCAUCAAAUCUGACAGGGAAGUUCUUCUGAAGCUGGGGAGGCUGGCGUUUGAACAUCUGGAGGACGGAAACAUCAUGUUCUACAAAGAAGACCUGGAGCGUUGUGGUCUUGAUGUCACAGAGGCCUCUGUUUACUCAGGAGUUUGUACAGAGAUCUUCAAAACAGACUGUGUGAUCCUCCAGAAAACAGUCUACUGCUUUAUUCAUCUGAGCGUUCAGGAGUUCCUGGCUGCAGUCUACAUGUUCCACUGUUUGACAAACAGGAACACAGGUGUAGUGAAGGCUUUCCUUAAAGACAUCAACCUCUGGGACUCAUCUGGAAAUACUUUUUUAAAGAAGAUUUUUAAAGUUCUAAUUCCCAGCUCAUCUCUGGAAGUCUUCCUGAGAAGUGCCAUGGAGAAAUCCCUGAAAAGUAAAAAUGGUCACCUGGACCUGUUUGUUCGCUUCCUUCAUGGCCUCUCUCUGGAGUCCAACCAGAGACUCUUAGGAGGCCUGCUGGGUCAGACAGACAACAGUCCAGAAAUUAUCCAGAGAGUCAUCAACAACCUGAAGGAGAUGAACAGUGAUGAUAUCUCUCCUGACAGAAGCAUCAACAUCUUCCACUGUCUGACGGAGAUCAACGACCUCUCAGUCCAUCAGGAGAUCCAAGAGUUCCUGAAAUCAGCGAACAGAUCAGAGGAGAGACUCUCUGAUAUCCACUGCUCUGCUCUGGCCUACAUGCUGCAGAUGUCAGAGGAGGUUCUGGAUGAGUUGGACCUGAAGGAGUGCAACUCAUCAGACCAGGGACGACUGAGACUGAUUCCAGCUGUGAGGAACUGCAGAAAGGCAAAGUUUUCAGACUGUGGACUGUCAGAGACUCACUGUGAAGUCGUGGCCUCAGCUCUGAUGUCCAACCCCUCCCAUCUGAGAGAGCUGGACCUGAGCUCCAACAAGCUGCAGGAUUCAGGAGUGAAGCUGCUGUGUGCUGGACUGAAGAGUCCAAACUGUAGACUGGAGACUCUGAGAUGGAGUGGCUGCAGUUUGUCAGAGAUCAGCUGUUCUUCUCUGGUGUUAGCUCUGAAGUCCAACCCCUCCCAUCUGAGAUGUCUGUACCUGGAUAAGAACAAGCUGCAGGAUUCAGGAGUGAAGCUGCUGAGUGGUUUUCUGCAGAGUCCAAACUGUAGACUGGAGACUCUGAGUUUGUGGAUCUGCAGUUUGUCAGAGAUCAGCUGUUCUUCUCUGGCCUCAGCUCUGAAGUCCAACCCCUCCCAUCUCAGAUAUCUGAACCUGAGUAACAACGAGCUGCAGGAUUCAGUAGUGAAGCUGCUGAGUGGUUUUCUGCAGAGUCCAAACUGUAGACUGGAGAUUCUGAGUUUGAGUGGCUGCAGUUUGUCAGAGAUCAGCUGUUCUUCUCUGGCCUCAGCUCUGAAGUCCAACCCCUCCCAUCUCAGAUAUCUGUACCUGGACUCCAACAAGCUGCAGGAUUCAGGAGUGAAGCUGCUGAGUGGUUUUCUGCAGAGUCCAAACUGUAGACUGGAGUAUCUGAGAUUGAGUCGCUGCAGUUUGUCAGAGAUCAGCUGUUCUUCUCUGGCCUCAGCUCUGAAGUCCCAGCCCUCCCAUCUCAGAUAUCUGUACCUGGACUCCAACAAGCUGCAGGAUUCAGGAGUGAAGCUGCUGAGUGGUUUUCUGCAGAGUCCAAACUGUAGACUGGAGUAUCUGAGUUUGAGGAGCUGCAGUUUGUCAGAGAUCAGCUGUUCUUCUCUGGCCUCAGCUCUGAAAUCCAACCCCUCCCAUCUGAGAGAGCUGAACCUGGACUCCAACGAGCUGCAGGAUUCAGGAGUGAAGCUGCUGAGUGACCUUCAGAAGAAUCCAGACUACAGACUGGAGACUCUGGUGUAAGUACAGGGACGAGUCUUUAAAGAGAGGAUCCUGCCGAUCACAGAGCUGGAAGCAGCAGCUGGUGUGUUGGUGAGUCUUUAACUGGGCUGUGUUACUGGGAGACUGACGGACCAAUCACAGCGCAGAUGACUCUCAGUGCUGCAGUCUGAGCUGCUCUGAGCUCAGCUCCACCGUCACACCCUGGACCAUGACCUCGGACAUUUUUCUAUUCUCAUAUUCUGAAUUUAAACUGCUUCAUGACUCAACGACCGAAUAUGAACUCUUUGAUUUGUAUAUAAAUGUUUCUGUUGCAGCAUCACCCUGUGGACAUGUGUAGUGGUGCAGGUUAUUCAUUGACUCAUAUUCACAGAUAACAGUAGAAGUUGAUUCCACCUGUGCAAGUUAAAGUGUGAAGUUCUGCUUUUAACCACGAGUCGUUGGUCGUCUGAUAAUAAAUCAGUCGUCUCUUUGUUGGAUCAAAACAAAGAGGAGGCUUCACUGAGUUUUUAAAA